CCAUCGGUGCUGGACUGUUACUCAUUCAUACACGGUCGUAGUCCUGGGCGGUCUAGGACUUCUUGUUUCUCUCAGUGCUGGUGUUGCCACAUCCGUCGGAACCAUGGCGCGCCCUUAUUACACGCAAACGUCCAAUGUUGUCGUCCAAGUCACAACUUGGUUGAUAGCCUCUGCUCUCACCGAUCUCGGAAUAUCAAUUGUGCUGAUCGCCCACCUUCGCAAAAUGCGGACGGGAUUCAAGCGAACGGAAAAAACAUUGUCCAAGAUUGUCCGCCUCACUUUUGAAACAGCGGGUCUAACCUCGGCCAUUGCACUGGUCGAUCUUCUCCUCUACCUGACUAUGAGCAAAGUCAACUCCAUCCAUCUUGCCCUCCAGCUCAUCGUCGGUAAAACCUACAACCAUUCGGUCAUGGUGACUCUGCUGGCGCGCUCGAAUAUUCGGAAAGACUUUGACAGCAACAGCGUCGGGCGUAUCGGAAACUCGGACGGAUCAAAGAGCAACACUGGGGCUGGCCCGACUGGAAUCACGGUCACCAGGACGCAAAUCCGCGUCACUGAUAACAAUGGGAUGCUCGAAUACCCGAUGAAGUCUCUCGAGCGGGACGAGUAUGAGAGCGAAGGCGACCGCAGCUCAACAAAGAUGCCUGCUGUGUAGUGUCCCAGGAGCAGACCGACUCCAUUUUCGUUCCUUGUUUGUUGUAGACUUCAUAUCCUUUCCUUACACAUACUUUCACGCCUGUUUAUUACCUGUUACUGACUUGAAUUCAUAUUCGGAUUGUAUCGUCAAA